AUGUAUGUCAGAGUUGAAGGAGACCGCUUAAAUUAUUUAAGAUCUCAUCAGAAUGCAUUGAGAUCUUCUAACUACACAACACUUCAAGAUUAUGUUUAUAAUCGCGCUACCGAAGAAAAUACAACAGUUGGAAGGGUUGUUAUUCUUCCAUCAACAUUCAUUGGCUGGCCUCGAAAUAUGAUUGAGCGCUAUCAAGACGCUAUGGCAAUUAUUCGAAAAUUCGGUAAGCCUCAUUUCUUCAUUACUAUGACCUGCAACCGCAACUACAUCGAAAAAGGUCAUGUUUUUGGAAAUCCUGCGACUGUCAUCUACACGAUUAAAUUUAAGAAAAGAGGCUUGCGGCACGCUCACAUACUUGUCACUGUUAGUUCAAACGAUAUCAUUCGCGACUUACUUGAGGUGGAAAAAGUUAUUUGUGCAGAACUUCCUGACCCAGAUCUUGAUCCAAAUCUCUACCAUAAAGUAAAAAGUCAUAUGAUACACGAUCCAUGUAGAACAUUCAACCCUUUAUUCCCAUGUAUGAAAAUGAUAAAUGUUCCAAGAAAUAUUCCAAACAAUAUCAGGAAGAAACCGUGGAAAAACCGAAUUGCAUGCCUGUAUAUCGCAGACGCGAAAAUGGCAACUAUUUCAUACUUAAAGACUGUCGUAUGGAUAACCGAUGGGUUAUUCCUUACAACAAAUUUCUCAUCCGCAAAUACGACUGUCACAUUAAUGUUGAAUACUGUGGUAGUAUCGAAGCUAUUAAAUAUAUUUACAAUUCGUAGCUUCACUGUCAAUCCAACAACCACUGUUAUGUCUAGUGAAGAUGCUGAUGUACAAUUUCAAGAAUUGUACAAUACUACAACGCCUGAACAACGAAUGGUGAUUGAUACAGUGGUUAAAAAAAUAAAUGACAACACACUAUCAACAAAAAUGAUGUAUAUUGACGCGCCAGCUGGUUGCGGUAAAAUAUACAUUCAGCGUAUUUUAAUUCUUUACGCUAAAAGUAAAUCAAUUGUUUGUCUUUCAACUGCUUUCACUGGAAUCGCAGCCAGUCUUAUGGAAGGAGGUAGAACAAUCCACAAUUUGUUCAAACUUCCACUUCAGCUCAACGGUGAUGCUGUUUCUUCACUGUCAAUAGAGUCUCCACAUGCAAAAUAUUUGAAGAAAGCAAGCAUCAUCAUGAUCGACGAAGCCUCAACAACUCCAGGUGCAGCUAUUGAUCGUCUCUAUAAGGAUCUCUACAGAGGACAACCAGAAGCAGAUCAUGCAUUUGCUGGAAAAAUUGUUCUCAUGUCAGGAGACUUUCGACAAACACUUCCGGUCAUACCUAAAGCAGGUCGUGCCAGAACAGUUGAAGGCUCAAUCAAAAGAAAUCCCUUGUGGCGUAAAGUAGAAAAAUUUACGUUAUCAAAAAACAUGAGAGUCAACGAAGGUGAAGAUAACUUUGCAAACUAUCUUCUAUCAAUUGGAAACGGCACCGCUGGGGAAAAUAUCACCCUUCCAAAUAAUAUCAAAGGUGAAGGAGACGUUGUUGAAUUCGUAUAUGGCAAUAUUCAAAACUUUAUCGCUGAAGGAUUGCUUACAGAACUUGCUAUUCUUGUUCCAACUAACGAUGAUUGUGCACAGCUCAAUCAAAAAGUCUGUCUCUGUUAG